UGAAAGUAAAUCUCCUUCGGUCUCUGCAAAUAAAUUCUUAGCAGUGAAAAAGCAGAUAUCUGUUUCUCGUACUAAGCUAAGUAUGGAACAUCUCCUUUUCUCUCUCUUGUUACUACCAAUCGAGUUUGCCCCCACGGGCAACGGAUGUGAAGCAAAUCUCUAUUUUUCUCUUUCUUACGUAGUACUAGUCGAGUUUGCCUCCACGGACAACGGAGAGGUAAAGCAAGUCUCUCUGUCUCUCUCUCUUCACCAAUAAAUAUAAACCUUACCCCCCAUAGACUUUCUCUCUCUCUCUCGCUCUCUUCUCAGAGAUUCAUAGCAGUCAUACAGCUAAUAGAUAGGAACCUUUUCCUCAAAAAAGUCUCUCUCUGUUUGCUAGAGGAAAGGAUACAGCUAAAUUUCCGGCUCUGAGAAGUAGGCUGAGGAAGAUGAGAGGAGAGAAGCGUGAAAUUUGAAGGAAUGUGACAUCAAGUGUGUGAUUUAAGAAGAUGGAGUUGUGUGACUGCAUUGAGCCCCAGUGGCCAGCUGAUGGGCUAUUGAUGAAAUAUCAGUAUAUAUCAGAUUUUUUUAUUGCCCUUGCUUACUUCUCCAUCCCUCUUGAACUUAUUUAUUUUGUGAAAAAAUCAGCAGUUUUCCCAUAUAGAUGGGUGCUUGUGCAGUUUGGUGCAUUUAUUGUUCUUUGUGGAGCAACUCAUCUUAUAAAUUUAUGGACAUUUACUGUGCACUCAAGAACAGUAGCUGUUGUGAUGACAAUUGCUAAGGUUCUCACUGCAGUUGUCUCAUGUGCAACAGCAUUGAUGCUUGUUCACAUCAUUCCCGAUCUCUUAAGUGUAAAGACACGAGAGUUAUUCUUGAAGAACAAGGCUGCUGAGCUUGAUAGGGAAAUGGGCUUGAUACGUACUCAGGAAGAAACAGGCCGACAUGUGAGAAUGCUUACCCAUGAAAUUAGAAGCACCCUUGAUAGAGAUACAAUAUUAAAAACCACUCUCGUGGAGCUUGGUAGAACUUUAGCAUUGGAAGAGUGUGCUCUAUGGAUGCCUUCACGAACAGGUUUGGACCUUCAGCUGUCCCAUGCCCUUCGGUAUCAGAACACAAUCGGAUCAAUUGUACACAUUCAACAUCCUGUGGUCAGUCAAAUCUUUAAUAGCAGUCGUGCAGUUAAAGUUUCACAAAACUGUCCAUUAGCUAGGGUCAGACCACUUAUGGGCAGAUACAUGCCAGGGGAGGUUGUGGCAGUCCGUGUUCCACUUCUACACCUCUCAAACUUUCAAAUCAAUGACUGGCCAGAUUUUUCUAUGAGGCGCUAUGCUUUAAUGGUCCUGAUGCUUCCUUCGGACAGUGCAAGGCAGUGGCAUGUCCAUGAACUUGAGCUUGUUGAAGUGGUAGCUGACCAGGUAGCUGUAGCCCUUUCCCAUGCUGCAAUAUUGGAAGAAUCAAUGCGUGCAAGGGAUCAGCUCAUGGAGCAAAAUGUUGCACUAGACUUGGCACGCAGGGAAGCAGAAAUGGCAAUCCGUGCUAGAAAUGACUUUUUGGCUGUUAUGAACCAUGAAAUGCGGACACCUAUGCAUGCAAUUGUUGCUUUGUCUUCUCUACUUCUUGAAACUGAACUAACUCCUGAACAGCGUCUAAUGGUGGAGACCAUCCUCAAGAGUAGCAAUCUUUUAGCUACACUUAUAAAUGAUGUUUUGGAUCUUUCAAGACUUGAAGAUGGAAGUCUUGAACUUGAGAUUGCAACUUUCAAUCUUCAUUCUGUUUUCAGAGAGGUUGUUAAUCUGAUAAGGCCCAUCGCUUCUGUGAAGAAGCUCUCAGUUUCACUGAGUUUGGCUUCAGAUUUACCAGAAUAUGCUGUUGGUGAUGAAAAACGCCUUAUGCAGAUUCUUCUUAAUGUUAUUGGUAACUCGGUCAAGUUCUCAAAGGAAGGGAGCAUCUCUGUUUCAACUGGUGUUGCAAAAGUAGAAUCUCUAAAAGAUGCACGAUCUCCUGAUUUCAAUCCUGUUUUAAGUGACCAUGACUUCUAUUUGCAAGUUCAGGUUAAGGAUUCUGGGAUGGGAAUUAGUCCUCAGGAUAUUCCACAUAUAUUCACCAAAUUUUUGCAGUCUCGUAACUCUGCAAAUAGAGUUUCUGCCGGCACUGGUCUUGGGCUUGCUAUCUGUAAAAGGUUUGUGACUUUGAUGGGAGGACAGAUUUGGCUUGAAAGUGAAGGUCUGGGAAAGGGAUCUACUGCUAUUUUCAUUGUAAAAUUAGGGAUCUCUCAGAAUUCAAAUGAAUGUCUAUCGCAAAUUGUUUCUAGAACUCCAUUGAAUUUCCGGCCAGACAAAGCUAGGUUACAAGUUCUUGGAGCAGAUGAUAAUGAUGUGGUCCCAACAAAACCUUGGUAUGAACUAAGUGUAUAGGAAUGUCAAGUGCCAUGCUACUAUUCUGGCAUGGAGUAUCUAAAUCGACCUCCUGGCAGAAAUUGUAUACUGGCAUUCAAGUUGCUACGCUCCACGUUGAGAUGGUUCAGUUCAAUGCAAAGUUUAACACAUGAAUUUUACCAUGAAAGCCUGUUUAGAUUGCCAAGCAUAGACCUGUCUGAAUCUGCCCGUCUACAGGUUACUUGGGUAACUUUUACAGACCUUUGUCCUUCUAUAAUGUUGGAUCAGAUUAUAGAGAUCAAUGGUCUACAGUAUAGGCAAGGGAACUGCCCUUAAUUAUGACCUUGUUAAUCUGAGUUCACCAGAAGCUAGAUGCAAGCCCAUAUAAAUUGGAGGCCCUCAAAAUUUCUCAUUUUCUCCUGAGAUUAACUACUAUCAGAAGUUUUUCUUUAGAUUCUGUUGCUGUAAGAUUACUUGGAUCAGUUUUAAGUAAAUCUGCCUUGAGAGACCUUUGGUUGCGGCACUUUUCACAUUCUUCUUUCAAAAGCCACCAGGUAAGGUGCACUCUAGCUCUUACAAGUUUAAUGACAAUAGAAUUUAGCUUUCAGAGGUCGCAGCAGCUAUGGCUGUUUGAGAUUGACCUGUUGUCCUGCAUUAUGAUCAUUUAAAUUGAAAUUACAUAUCCUUCGGAAACUUGUAUCAUUUCAUUGACAAAGAAAACAUGUAAUCUCAUAUGUCCUGAGAGUCUGCAACUUGGGACUGGAAUAAAAAUGUUUAGUAUUUGAUAGAA